AUGGCUGGGCUUGCUGCGUUGUGUCUCCUGCUUCUGCAGACUGGAGCUCUUGGGUUUGAAAUACUUGGAGGUGGUGUGACCCACCAGAAGAUCACAGAGAGAGCAAUUUUAAAUGCCACUGUGCAGGUGUGCCGUGCUGUGGCCACUGCUGAGGGCAAAGACUUUGCUUUUCCUCCACAACCUUUUACAGCUGAAUCUGUUGCUUUUGCCUGUGAAUCGUCAAACUCCAGGAGUUUCCUGCAGACCAUCAGGUUGAUCCAAAAAAAGAACAAACGAGUAGACCUACGACAUGUACUCGACGCGUCCUUUCACUUUGAUGAUGAGAAUUUUGCAGGAGGACGGGACAUAAUCACAGCAGGAUUAUCAGCUGUCAAAGCCAGCAACCAGCUAGAAAACUUUGAGGCAGCAAGAGAAAAGCUUGGAGAAAUCCUACACCCUUUACAGGAUUUCUACAGCCACAGUAACUGGGUGGAACUGGGGAAUGAAAGCCCAAACUCCAAUCUGUUCAAAUCAGGCACCAACAUUGGUAACAUGGCAGAUGAAACCAGAGCGACCUGUCGCAACUGUGAUGGAGACGACUGCACGAACAACAUUUUGGAGGAUAUCCUACGGGACAAAAUACUUACUUCAGGAUAUUUCAGUGCUGUGCCACUAUUGUCGAGCAAACCGCUGGGAAAAUGCAGCCAUGGGGGUACAUUUGAUCGGACAACAAACACAGAGCCCAGAGGUGGGAUCAACAAAGACAAUCCACAAUCAGACCAUGGGCAUCUCCACAAUAAAGCAGUAAAUGUGGCGAUAGCUGCAACCACAGAGAUACUUGAGGACAUUCGAGGGGCUGCUGGUGACAGAUCAUUCCUCCAGAUGAUGGGAAUCAUCAAAGGUAGGGCUCUUUGUUUUGCGAUUGACACAACAGGAAGCAUGAGUGAUGACAUUGCGGCAGUGAGGACCGUCACUUCCAACAUAAUCAACAGCAAAGUGGGAACACAAGAUGAGCCCUCUGUUUACAUUCUGGUACCUUUCAAUGACCCAGAGUUCGGGCCACUGAUAAGGACUACAGACCCAACAGUCUUCAAGAAUGCUAUUAAUUCACUAACAGCAACUGGUGGAGGAGAUGCGCCUGAACUGAGUCUUUCAGGACUUCAGCUGGCUUUAACUGGUGCGCCACCUAAUUCGGAGAUCUUUGUCUUCACGGAUGCGCCUGCUAAAGACACACAUCUGAAAAGCACAGUGCUGGCACUCAUAGAGCGGAAAAAGACAGUGGUGACUUUCCUGAUAACGAAUGUACUGUCGUCUCGUCGUCGAAGACAGAUUGGUAACAACCAACAACAAAGUCGCACUCGAAUGGUGGCGUCAGCUGUGCAGCUGUACAGAGACUUGGCUCAGGCUUCAGGGGGUCAGGCUAUUGAAGUGACGAAGAGUGAACUGCCUAAUGUCACCAGUAUCAUAACAGAGUCCUCCAGCUCCUCUCUGGUGACCCUUCUGCAGGCUGCCAGAAACCCGGGAAAGGCCGAAAAUUUCACUUUUACAGUUGAUGCGACAGUAAAAAACCUCACAAUUUACAUCACUGGGACAGCUGUCAGCUUUACUCUAAUCAGUCCUUCAGGUAACACGACAGAACCAUCAACCAUUGGAGCGGGAAACUUCCAGACUCUGCAGCUUACAACACAAGCGGGACAGUGGGAAAUGAGAAUGGUGUCAACAAAUCCCUAUACUCUGAAGGUCGUAGGUCAGAGUGCCAUUGACUUCCUGUUUGACUUUUUGGAGGUAUCUCAGGGCCCAUUUGGAGGUUUUGAUGUCGUAGACAAUCGCCCCAGAGCUGGUGUUAAUGGUAGCCUGCAGGUGACUGUAACUGGGAGCGACUCCGCCACAGUGACAGAGGUCACUCUGGUCGAAUCAUCAGGAUCAGCAGAGGUGAACGGCAGUGUGGAGGCUCAGGGUGAUCGAAACUUCUUAGUACAUUUUGACAGGAUACCAUCACAGGAGUUUGUGGUGCUUGUUAAGGGGCAGAACAGCAAUAGUUCCUCCAGAGCAUCCUCAGUGCUCUUCCAAAGGCAGUCCCCCACCAGCAUCAGAGCUUCUACUGUGACUGUUACUACUCCUGAUUCAAGCAAUGUCUUAGUCCCAGGAAAAUCAUUGUCAGUGCCCUUCUCUGUGACAACCAGUGGUGCAGGAGGAACCUUCAGCAUCCAAGCUACCAAUGACCAAGGUUUUACCUCAUCUUCCCCGUCCAGUUUAGUCCUGGAAACUGGAGGUAGUGCUAACGGAACAGUGAACCUUACCGCACCUGUUAACACCGCAUCUGGUACUGACGUCACCCUGACCAUUGAGGCCCAGGCUCCUGGAGGCGGAGACACCAACUAUGUUGUCUUGCGUUUCACUGUUCUUAAAACGGUGACUGAUUUCACUCAGCCAGAGUGUAAGCUGCUCAGCCUGCAGUCCAACUGCUCUACCAACUGUAGCGUAAUGUGGGAGCUCUCUGUUCAGGUGACUGAUGGGGCUGAAGGGACGGGUUUGGACCGUGUCAGCCUCAGACAGGGCAACGGAUCCUUUAACACCAGCCUGUCUGCUGGCAACGUAACUAUGGUGUCCUACCAAGCUUCUUGCUGCUCGCCUGAUGUGGAGCUGGUGGUGGUGGAUAAAGUGGGUAAUGUAGGCACCUGUUUCUUCUCUGUGCGGUGUGAGUGUUAUCGCUGUAUCCGCCUGUGA